CAUAGGUGUAAGUAAUGAAAGAAAAUAAUCAAAUAGCGGUGGCCUCUCUUUCUUUUGUCCACCUUGUUUAUUAUGAAGAAAAGGAGAUAUCAAUACACUACCAUGUGAGAUGUGACCUUAUUUUCUUUACCUUUUCUUCUUUUUAUUUUAUUUUAUUUUCUAAUUUUUUUUUAUUUUUUAAAAUUUUUCAAUCACCCACCUUCUUAAAUUCCUUGCUGUUCACAAUUAAUUCAUGUCCCUACUUGUACAGAACUACUUCAUGCCUUGCUUCCUUUUUUGUCAAUACAAUACAUUUCCACAUAAAUGCAAAAAAAAAAGUUCCCUCUUUUACAUAAAUAAAUACCCAACCAGAAAAUAUUUCUCCUCUUCCAAAAACAACAAAAUUUAAUACUCGAUUAAAUUAUAAAAUCAAAUGUUAUGUUGAUGGCGAUGAUGCAUAGCACGAGUGCCAACCUAGAUGAUCUUGAUACUGAUUUCCCCAGAAAUCACAUCAUCAAAUCUACCUGUCCAAUUAGCUGGAAACUUUACCAAAAUCCCUUUUUUAUUCCCACUAAUCCCAUUAUUACUAAUUUUACCAGUAAUAAUAAUACUGAUAUUAAUCAUAUUAUUAAUAAUGAUUGCAAUAUUAGUCCCUUUACACUUAAACCCAAGCAACUUCAGCGCAAAUACAGUGCUUCAGCAAAGUUCCUGCAUCAGUCAGAUCUCAAGAUGAGUAAUACUAAAACCCAGAUUGCGGAAUUGAAGGCAGAAUUGGAGAUGGAAAGAACACUCAGAAAGCGAAUGCAGGGUUUGAACAAGAAGCUAUCGAAAGAGCUUAUUGAUCAAUCUCAGAGGAACAAAGUGUGUGUUGUUUGCGAUGAUCUAAUGAAGGAGAUUACGCGGCUGAAGGAAGAGAUGCAGAAGAUGAAGGCGGAAAUGAACGAAGAGAGAAAAAUGUUGAGAAUGGCGGAAGUUUUAAGGGAGGAAAGAGUUCAGAUGAAGCUUGCUGAUGCACAGCUCUUUUGCCAUCAGGAGUUUCUCAACGGUUUUUUACUGCAGCAACAGCAACAGCAGAUCAAACCAUGUUCGACAGAUUCUGUUAUACUUUCAAAGGAAAUGGGGUCGUCUUUUGAGCAUAAUGGCUGUAGCAAGAAUGGGAGUAAUGUACAAAGGAAGGCGGCAGUGUCGUGUUUGUCGUCGUCGCCGGAAACUGAGAAUCCGCAUAUUAAGCAAGGGAUUAAAGGGUUUGUGGAGUUUCAAAGGGCGAUUAAGGCGAAAAGCAAUGGAUGUAAUGCUAAUAACAAUGGUACAAAUAAUGCUAAUUAUUAUUGCAAUAAACAGUUGAGAGAUUUGGGUGGUUUCAGUAAUAAGGUGGAGUGUCAGAAAGCACAACUUAGAGUUUUGUUCAAGCAUAAGUUUUCAGUUCCAUAUUCUUCUCACCAUGAUCAUAGUUUAAUCCUCAGUUAAAUUGAAAAGAUUUUUGGGGUUGAAGAUGAAUGAUGAAUUUAAGGUCACUUUAUUUUUCUUUUUCUUUUUCUUUUUUAUGAGAAAUUAGAGUUCUAUUUUGUUUAAUUUUUAUAAAAUUUUGUAUGGAAGUAAGUGAUAGAGUAUAUAAUAAUAAUAAUAUGGUAAGUUGAUUGUGUCCC